AGUAACUUCAACACAAACGCUCUCUAUGACAGAAACAACUAUAUCUUCCUUCUAUUUGAUCUGCCUACUGCAGGAGAUAAUACAUACUGGUAGUUUCAUGGUGAUAUCUACCCGCAGUGGAUAUCGCAUUACUAGCAUUGUUCCGCAAAACCACCUCGAAAGUGCGGUUGCAUAUUCCACCGGUUGUCUCCACGGGUCAGCCAGCUGCCCACCAACGUAACUCAUAUCUUGUAUGCCAGGCCCUCGGACCUCUCGGGUGCUGCACGAAUUUGAUGAUUUAUCUCCCGGUUUAAGCUUCGAGCUGUGAGUGACACUUUAUCUCUACAAUCUGUCGCUCGCCGUCCUUCUAUCGGCAUUCUUGUCCCCGCGACAACACGAUGUACAUGCUAGAGGCUAGUUCACCCGACUAUGAUCGGGCUUCAAAACUCAAGUAUUAUCCCAGUGUUCCUGUCCACACCUCAAUUGGCCUAUGCCUAUUGAUAGGAGUGACGCGGAAGACAUCGUCUAAUAGCAGUGUCUAUGGUUUCAUCUCUUCCUCAUCACCUCCAGGAUAUCAAGCUUGGACCAGAACGACUUUUACGACGAGGAAGAAUCAAAAGGUAUUGCAAUGUUGUGGAUGGCUAUUAAUGUUCACGGUAGUGUACGUAUCAGCCUCUUUCUCGUUGAUUUCAUCUGAGUGAAAUUUCACCUUAGCACCAUCGGAAAUGGAAAUCCAUCGCGGGCCAGAGCAACCUUUGACC